UUCGUUUUCCAACAAACAAAAAAAAGAUUUCUCGUGAAAGCAUAUCGCAGCAAAGAGUACAAUAGUAUUAAAAUAAACUAUUGCGUCUUAUAAAACUGUUAAAUUUAUAAAUUAUUUCUAUUAAAAUAAAGAAAUCAUGUGCAUGAACUCUUGAAAUUACUAAUUCAAACAGCAGUAUCGGAGUAAGAUGGUGUCGACUAGGCAGAUGAGUAGUGUCGGGGGCGGCAGCGGGAGUAGCGACGGAGCGGGGCCCUCUCAAGCGGAGCCCGUGGCCGUGGCGCGUGUCACACGCCACUCCAGCGCCUUGCUCCCGGGGGGGUCGUCUCCCCACGCGAGCACUUCAAGAGCUCUGCUCCCGGCCCCCAAGGCGUUCACGACUAACUUGCUCGAUUUACCAGUCGAAGUUUUAGAAAAGAUAUUUCGUUAUGUAGGAUUCAAAAGUGUCUCACACCUCAGGACGGUGAAUCGGCAUUUCAAUACUGUGUGUAGUGGAAUUUUAAAUUCCACUUUUCAAAGAUUGCAAAAUCAAAUGCUGCAUAGAUUCCAGGCUAUUAAGGCAAAGAUGCCCCGAAGGGAGUCUGCCCGGAGGAGUCAUCCUCUUGCCUGCGAGUCUGACAUCAUUGAAACAUUGCAUAUGAGAUUAAGUUUACUACAAAUGACCUUUGGUAAACAUAUAGAAAGGAAACAUUGCUGCUUUUUCCCAGGAGAGAUCCUUGAUGAGGUGUACAGUGUAUUAUCAUAUUUAAAAACUACAACAAAACUGGCAAGGCCUUACAAGGUUACCGAUGAGCUGUUUGAUUUGACUACAAUGGCAAUGGAAUACUUUAAGGAGCACAUUGAGCCUUUCUUACCAGAAAUUACAUAUUUUAGUACAGACUUCUUUGAUAUCACCACAGCUUUUUCACCCGGCGAGAGCAGCAAGUCGUACAUGUGCCUGGACUCGCCGCCGCCCAGCGGGUUCGAGGCGUCGCCGGCGACGGCUACGGAGUCGGGGCGGCGCCCCUCCGUCAACCUGUACAUGGAGGAGAGCCUGCCGCCCUCGCCGCCGCCGCCGCAGUCCAACAUGGUGCUGCGCAAGCGGAUACACCGCAUCAAACAGGGCAUGAAGAAGUAUAAUGACCAAUUGUCGGCGCUGCGAAGUGACCUCAGGAGCUGUAAGCGCAAGACGGCGCUGCAGCAGAAGCAAAUAGCGGAGCAGCAGAAGCAGAUCGCAGAACAGCAGAAGCAAACGAUGGAGUACGCCAACCGGUUAGAUGACUACGAUAAGAAGAAUGAGGAAACUAGUAGAAAAUUUCAGACAUUAUUGCAGGAGUUGAACAAGUGUAAGACAGAGCUGCAGUACUGGCGCUCCCGCUCGCCCGCCGUGCCGCCGCUGUGCGCCGAGUGCGGCGCCUCGCUGCGUCUCUCGCCCGCUCUGGCGCAGUGGGCGGCAGGCUCGAGCGCCGAAGCGAGCGAGGAGACAGCGAGCGGCAGCAAAGACGCAGCAGUGGACACGCCCGUGGAGGCGCCGAAAGCGGACGCCAAGGAGGGCGAGGAGGCCGCCGGCACGCCGCCCGCGCGCCGCCGCGCCUCCGCCGACGCGCCGCACACGCCCGACCGCAAGAAGCGCCGCCUCACGCGCCCUAGGAAGCUAUGAGAGUAGCGACACUGCGCUGCUGCCCUGUCAACUGUGAAUCAUUUAUUUAUUUUGCUCGACUCUACGAAACGGUUACGACAUCCGGGAAACCAAAAUCCUGUACAGUCCUAUUAAUUUUUGGAACGAAGUUCCUUAACGCGCCUUGCGAAAAAAGGCUAGACGGAAAAAAAUAAGACCAAAAGUUGUAACGACACUUUUUGCUAUAGUGGGGAUUAUGACUAGGUUUAAAUAUAUUGAUUUUUAUAAUAAAUUCAGGUAAAUAAGAUCAAUGUUAACUAAUUUAUACAUAAAAAGCAAAGAUUAACUGGAUAUUUCAAUUUCAAAAUCUAUUAAAAAUCUUUUAUCUUAAUUAGAUGAAAAUUCAUACAGUUUUAGCAUUAAAUGUGACAUUUUUUAAUAUGUGGACUAUAAACAUAGACACAGAAAUAACAAAUAUAUUAGUAAUUUUGUUUAAACGCCCAUACAACAAUCAUUAAGUGCCUAUGACAUCAUUAGUUCGUACCAUUUUGUAUGGAGCGUUUUUCAGGGAUCCGCGGCAGCGCCGCAAAUCUGACCCUUUAAAUCCCUGUGGCUCCGAAAGUAAUGAUCGCAGAUACCCUGUUCCUUUUACAAAAUUGCUUUACUAUUAGCAUACUCUUAAUUUAUAUACAAUUUUAAAAACCGUCAUUAUCCCUGUUGUAAGCCGUGCGUCGUGCGCGUGUUUCUCUGUUUGUCUCCCUCUCUCACAUACAAAGCAAGCAAGUUAUAUUCGUUUACAUUUUUCUAUUUCGCAUUGAAAAGUGUGGUGUCGCGACUGAGUCUGGGUGAUGUUGGAAUUGGCUUUUGUAAGUGAAUAGCAAAAUAAAUAAAUUAUUCAUUGUUUAUGUGAAUGCAAAGGCAUUACGGACGGCACAAUGGCUGCCCGGGCACUCAAUACAAAACAAAGGCUUGCGAUUUCCCGGUAUGAUUUUAUUUUUUUCUCUCACUGUAAGUUAUUGUCUAAAAUUAAACAAACUUCGUCUUACGAAUAUCAAUAUGCAGAUGCGUCUAUCCUAUUUAGUUAAUAGUAAUACAUUUUUCUUUUGUGCAAUAACUUAAAAGAUUUCCGAAGGUUAUUUUACGUUUUACAAUGAUUUGAGCUGAGAGAACGUUCGUUGUAUCAUAUGUAUAACACCAGAGUAGUAUAUUUGCAUGUAUGGCAUAAUUUCUUUUUAAAAGUUGACUCUUUUCUUAUGUUUUUUUCAAUUUAGGGAACAAGAAUAGACCAAAAAACCAACAUAACUCCUCUAUAGUAUCUUAUACUAUAGAGGAGUUUAGUUGAAGUGUGUUUUAUGUCUGUCAGGAGCUUGUUGAUUCAAUUUUGGCAUACAUUAACAUACAUACAGACAGACAACAAAGUGUGGCUUUGUCACGAAAAAUGUAGAUAGUUAUUUUGGAAAACUAAAUUCCAUGCAAAGGCUUUGUCAUAUUUCAUCACAUUCAAUGUAAAGAAGAUCCCUGAAUACUUAAAAUUUUGUCCAUUUAAUUCAAUAUGAGGUGAAUGAACGCUGACUGAAAAAUAAUGGUACAGCAUAAUUCAGUUAUUAAAGCUUGACAGUGUUUAAAAGUUGUUUAAUAUGUCACCAAUACUAUAAUUUAAUUAAAUUAUGAUUGAUAAACACUGCAUAAUUUCAAAUAUAGUAAAAUCAAAACAUGCAAAAUCGUAUUUAUGAGAAGGUUGAAUACUCAAAUAAUUUGCUGACUUUAAUCCUUUUACAUUUGACUUGCAUUUUUGUUUCUAGGGCAUAUUUAUGUCAUGUUACCAAUUUUUUUUUUUCACAUUUACUCAAAAAUAACUGCAUACUGUCAAUAACAAGUAGUUCUAAUACCCCAUUUGCUGACUUAAAUGCUUUUACGUUUGACUUGUAUUUUUGUUUCUAGGGCAUAUUUAUGUCUUGUCACCAAAUAAUUUAUUUCUCCCAUUUGCUCAAAAAUAACUGCAUAUUGACAGAAACAACGACUAUGAACUCUUUGUGGAGAAGUGACAAUAAUUGUGAUUACUCGAUAGUUUUAUAAUGAUGUUGUUUAUUGCGAGUGAGCAUUUAAAGCCUUUCGAAUAAAUCGGUGUUAUAUUUUUAUACUUUUCGAAAAAGAAUGCACAUACAAAGUGUUUAAAAUCUAUUCUUUUUUCUCGCAAAUUGGAGAAAAGUAUCAUACAGGUCUUAGCUUAUAACUAAUAGCAGUUAACUGCGUAAUUAACUUUGUCUGGUUAAAAAAAAUAACUGAAGAUUUAUACACCAAAAUGUAGUUUAUAUAGAAUUCGAGUGUCUUCAUUUCAAAAUAUCGCUCAACACACAUAAAAAACAUACAUACAGCCUCCUUUUUGGAAGUCGAUUAAAUACAUUUUACAGUGAAUUACGUUAAUUACAGGAUAAAAAAUUCGACAAAUUCUCGGCAUGUGUUUUCAAAUGAAUCUUUAACAGACGUGUAUGUAUUAUAUUUACACAAUAUCUGUUUUUUUUACAACUGUAUUACAAUGUAUUACAACUGUAUUAUAAUAUAGACUUUUUACAUUUAGUAAAAUUUUGUUUAGCACUAACUUCGAGGUUAUUUGGAGUACACAACAAAGUACAACUCUUAGCUGGUCUAAACCCUUUAUUAAUAAAGUAUAUAUGAAUAUGCCAACAAUAUUAAUUUGCAUACAAAAAUUACGAGUAGGUUUUGUUUUUUUUUUUCUCAUUGUUUUUUGAAAAUAUAUUGCCUUUGGAAAAAGCUUAUUUAUUAACAAAUACUAAUAAUUAUUAUUAAUUUAUCAGAUCCAAACUGAACUGAAGAUAUACUUUUAAUUUAAAAUUAUUUGUUGUUAUAUGAUAGAAAACUAAAAGAAAAAUUAUGUGUGACUAUCUGAUACAAUCAUAUCAUAAUCGUCACAGCUAUUUAAAUAGGAUUCAAAUUCCUAGAAAGGUGUCAAGCCUUAUUUCUAAAUGAAAAUUCUUUUAUGCUGUAUAUCUACUAAUGUAGGUGCAAAAUACAAAUAUAUAGGUAUUGAUUUACUAGUUUUACUCAUAUUUAGUUUAACGCCGAGAAUUCUUUAAUUAUUUAUUAACAAACACUUUAUACUUUUUUUUUAAAAGAGCAUUUGCCAUAUCUUUUAAAUAUGACCAAUAUUCCAAUUCUCCAACUAGUUGGGAAAGACUGUAUUAGGAGUUAUUUACACCUACAAUACAAUAGUCCAAAGGGCCGGGUAUCAAACCACCACCCCUCGGUGAUGAGUCUGACCGCUUUACUGUUGAACUAUUGAGGCUCUAAACUAAUGACUUUCCAUGAUCUUUGAUGUAAUAUGUUAUUAAAAAUGACUGAACUUUAACUAAAAGCAUAGUAAAAAUCAACAAAAACUAUCUUUGUUUAUUUGUGGCAAUAGAAAUUGCAUCGAGAUUUAUUCAAAAUGUGCAGGAUUUUACUUACAACAUUCACAUUAUAGUGUUAAUAUUAUAAAAGCUGUUUAUCUGGACCCAUAAUUAGCAUAUUAUUUUCGGGACAGUAUUUAAAUACCAAAUGGAUACAUAGAUUUUUAUGAAUUAUAAGUUAUGACAAAUAUUUGUUUGUGUAAGCUCUAAACUGCUUAGACAACAAAAUGUAUAUGAUUAUGAGAUUGUGCCAACAUUUGCAUAAUAUAAUAGUUGUGGAGGAAGCAAAUAAUUCUGGUGUCAUCUUGUAUAAUUGGAUGCACUCUUUAUGACGUCUCGGAAAUAAGCUGCGGGUAUCGGUACGCGCAAUACAUAAAGCAUGUUAAAAUUAUUUUUAGGGUGAUGCUCUACCGCCGCCCUACGUUACCGUUGACAUCUAAAAUCGUGUAUUGCAGCUUAACGCACGAUGCUACCAAACGUCAUAAAAAUUGCAUCGUACUAUAGCUUGGCAAUUUCGUUGAUGACACUCCCAUGAUAUUCGGGCGACGGGGAGGGAACGACAGAGGCUGGAAGUGUGGUGCAUCAGUUGUGGGUUUAUCUGUCAUCGCUACCCACCUCCCGGCCCCCGCGGACCAUUGGGAGUGUUACGAACGAAUUUGCCAAGCUAUACACUGUUUUCUAUAUCAUGACUAUGACUGGUUAUUAUUUAAAAUUCACACAAAAGAUAUGCUGAAAUUUCAUUGAUAACCCCGUAACAAAGAGGUUGAAUUUUUUUUGAUACACAUAAUCGUAACAAAGAAUUAGGCCUGAUUCAAAUUUAUCAUUGAUUAUUAUUAUGUUGAUCAUCGAUUUGCGUUUUUUCCACAAAGUGGAACAAAGUGGAAGUUUUAUAUGAAAAUUUGUCAUUUCAGCAUGCAAAUGAAUAACAUCAGGUGAAAUUGAACAAACGCAAACGUGUUGAAUUUAAUACAAAAACAUCAAAUUGUCAUUUCAGCGUGCGAAUGAAUGAAUACAAAAAUACCGGUCAAAUGGAGAACAUCCUCCUUUUUGAAGUCGGUUAAAAAGCAUUCAAUCGCAUGCCGUUAUUAGAAAUGUGAUUCAGGUCUAGAUAUUUUAUAAUUUUUUUUAUAAUAGUGACGAAAAUUACGUGGCUUUGAAUGUUGCGUAACAUCUAAUACAUAUAUUUAUUGACCAACUUUAUUUGUGUUGGUGUUGUAAAUUAUUUCAGCGAAACUAUGAUUUGUCGUCUUGUCGUUUUAGGAGUGCGUUUCUGACAUCUGUGUGCCUAGUGGGAGUUUCCAAUAUUUUCAUACUGUUACUAUCGCGUUGACGUUAGCGCGAAUUUAUAUGGAAUUGAAACAGUUGUGCAGUAGUGCCACUAGAUGGCGCUAUUUCAAUUUCUUAGAAAUUCGCGUUUACGUUAACGCGAAAGUAACAGUAUCGAACUGCCACUAGGCCCGCUGUCUAUUUAUUUUAGUCACACUUUUGUUGGAUUUAAUAUACAGUUUUAACUAACUAACUUUUCAUCUGGGCAUGUUUAUAUUUAAUAAUAAUAAUAAUAAUAAAUACAAAUGUUCAAAUGUUUGAAGCUUUAUAGCGUCGGCAUUAAGAAUAUGUAAUAAAGAGUAACAUAACUUUGUUGCGCUGUGGUUAAAAAAAAUGUUUAAUUUUCAUUUGAGUUUAAUUUCAAAUUCAAAUGUUGACCAACAUUAUAACAUUCAUAGUUUUUAUAAUACAAUAAUGAUUAUUUGUUAGACCCUACAAACACAUAAUUAUAUGUCAACAAAUAAAUAAAGGAGAAACCCCAGUACUCAUACUAACCCAAACGAUUGAAAAUUGGUCAUAAAUUAGAACAUAUAAGGAGAUCUCAUAAGGCCAAUUUUCAGAAAAAUCUCUAAAUUCAGCUCUAAUCUCUUGGUUGCUAAAUCAUCUAAAUUAUAUAUAGGUGCAUUUGCGCAACUUGAUCGGAUCCAUUUGACAUCAUUAUAUUAUCUGUAUCCAACUGACAGAUUUUCUAGGGAUUUAACAUUAAUUUGACACGUUUUGUCAAAAUUUCUAGAAAAACUGUCAAUUUGAAAAUGAUGUAAGACAAAUUUCCUUUCAAACGUAUCAGAUAACUUAGACGUUUACAGAUGAUAUUAUUUUAGUAUCGAUAGAUAGAUGCAUGUACAAUAAUUUAAAAAAGUUAUCCAGUCAAAUAGUAAUCCAGUCAAAAAAUACAAGGUGUUUAGUACAUUUUUCAUUUCUGUAUCGUUCUGAAGAGUGGGCCCCAUUUCGGACUUAUCGUUUAAUGUAUUCGACACCACUACAAAGUUACAAGUAGUAUAUUGGAUUGAAUUACAGGAAAUGACAGAAAUGCAUUCUUAAAACUAGAUUUUAAAUGUAAUAUUUCAAUGGUUUAACUAUCUAGGUUUAUUGAAUGUCGAUGACAAUAUAAGUUAACAUCUUAUAUUUUAAUUUUAAUAACGUGUUAAUAAUAUUUUUAGUUAGUUAGUUACUUUACAGCCCUAGUUAGUUUCUAAAACUAUGUAUAGAUGUAAGAGGCGUAACGUUAUUUCUUUUCUUAUUUGUAAAUAAUUUAAAUACAUUUUUUGUGUGAUGUACAAAUAAAAUAUAUUUAUGAUUAUUAUUAUAUUAAUAUACAAGUUGGAAAAUGAAUAUUUUUGUGACAUGGUGUAUAGUUGAUAGACAUAGAUGCCGCGUAUGGUCUGGGCAAACUGAGGUAGAUAAAGGAUUUGAUAUUAUGGUUUAUAUUUCAGUGCUCGGUUAAUCACCUGGUUGCAAAGAUUUUAUACUAUUACAUAUGUCACUAGCGUGUCGAAACUGAGACUGACAAAAGUGCCUCCAUUUAGUGGCAUUGAAAACUACGAAAAUUAUUUAAACAAAUAAUAUCUAAAUAUUGUCGACAAUGUCGAGUUUUUUAAUAACUGUAAAAACUAUACAUACCACGGGCGAUGGUUCCUAACAAUACGAUUCCUAUCGGGUUAUCUUUUAAAAAUCACGAAUUUUACGAACGUUAAUAAACUAACAUACUCAGCCAAAAACACGAACGGGUUACCUACGAGAAAAAUUCAGUCCUCGCUACUGAUAUAUACAUAAACAUAUGAUGUAAGUAAACAAAAAAAUGUGCAUGUGUGCGCUCAGUGGAGUAGCUAAAUCGGAUCGGUUUAUUUUUUAGGCACGUAACAUAUCAAAUAGUAGAAAAUCUUUGCCUGGGAAGCGCAAUUUUCUCUGAAAUCGCAUUUUGCGACGUUUUCGCCGCUUUGCUCUGGUUUUGCGCUAAAGUCUUCCAGACUGCGCUCUCUGGUAGGCUGGCCGAUGCUCGUGGUAUCGUAGAGGAUUUUUCUUUGUUAGUGGGUAGGAAUAUCUUCCCUGUUGUCUUGGUUCGCGCAGAUCAUAAAGCUAUUUUCCCAAAAGCAUGUUUUUUUAAAAUUUAAAAGUUAUACGCCCACAGGGCUUCACACGAUGUCUGCAUCAUGUCACUGUUUAUUAUGGAAACAUAUCAUAACUAAGUUCAAUUUGUCACUCUCGAAUCUGGCCACGCUUUUAUAAAUCACGCACAAAAAGUACAAUACGAUACAAUACACGGUAAGUGAUAUUAAGGGGUUUAUUGGUAGAUUCACCUUUAAUUUGUUGUAAAUUAACUUAUAUUUAUUUUGUCUCAUUGAAAUAUAUUAUCAUGUAUUUAUGUGUAACUUCAUAAUAAAUUAACAAUGUAGUUCUUUCUGACAGAAAUAUAUAGAAUAUAUUUCAUACAUAAUUUAUUUAUCAUCCUAAUUUAACUGUAUUUAAAUUCAAUUGAUAGGUUCUAAAGUGAUUAAACUCUUUUCACAAUGAUUAUCAUCAUACAUAUGGAUUGAUUAGUUCACUUGAAUAAAACUCCGACAAUUUCAGUUCUAUAACUUAACCUUGAACGGAUUACAGUUUAAGAGUAACAAAUUAGUUUAAAAGGUUACGGGGUCGAAUAAGUUCACUUAUUCAAAUGAAAUUGUUGUGACAACUUGUGUUCAACUAUGAUGCUGUAAAAUUCAUAUUGAAGAUAUUCUCUUGUACGAUAAAAUGAUGGCCCCAAUUUAUUUUCAUUUAGCAGAAAUUCUGACAAUAAGAAUGUUCAGUUACCAGGUCUGCCACAGUAGCUAACAUGCCUUUGAACUUACGUAUUUUUAAGAUAAAAAAGAAGUAUAUUAUUUUAUAUUUAGACUUAAACUUUCAAGAGAGUCGAAGUUGGUUUCUUUUUAUUUAGAAAAAAUGUUUGCAAAAUUCUUAUCUCUCACCACGUCUUUCUAUAUAAUAUAUUUAUUAUGAUUAACGACCAUACCUCUUGGGUAUUGUUUGGGGUACCUGAGCGUAACGUAAAUAUUAAAAAAAUGGAUGGAUUUAAAAUAAAAUUCAUAACGAUUACACUUGGAUAAAAUACUGUGUCAUACAUUGUUCUCAUAGUUAUGGUUUAUGGUAGAGUAACUCUGCUGUUACACUUUAGCCGUGUUAUAUUUUUGUAUAUAUAGUUACUAUUGUACAUACUGUGUAUGCUGUGUGUAGAACUGUAGAUUGUUUCACAUUAUUUAGGAUGACUUUGUCGAAUUUAUGAAAAGAAAAUCAUAUAAAUUUUAUCAAUAUAUAAAAAUAAUAAUAUCUUUUUUAUUUCCGCGUUAAUUUAAAGACCUUGAAAUUGUUUAUUUUUUUGGUCGAAUUUAAUGAAAAUCGCUUUCAUUUGAUUUAAUGUUACUGGGUAUAUUUAAUUUCAGUGUUUUUAAUUAUAAAUUCAAGUGUGUAUGCGUUUGUAGAGCAAGCAAAAUAUUUAACUAACAAAGCACCUAAGUUUUGAUUAUUUUGGCAUUAGUUUUGGCAACAAAUUUCCAUUUUAAGCCGUGCAUACAUUUAUUGCGUUCAGUGAUUAUUGACUAAUAAGAUUUUGGGCAAAUAACACCUGACAAAUCUACUACGCGUUUCUACUUGCUUGUAUUUCUUUACGGAUACCUAUUUCUCUUAUCCUCGUGGCUCUCAUUCGCAUUGCUCCAUUCUAAGAAUCUUCAGGAGUGUUUUUUUGAUAAUAAACACUACAAGCAUGUGUCAGAUUUAUCAGGUUUUAGAUGAAAAUAUCAAAAAAUUGUUUCACUUAUAAGUUAUAUUCACACAUUUUCGUGCAUGGGAAUCCUAAUACAUAAUAAUCAAUUUCAGAGCUACAACAUAAAAAAAUAAUCUCGUUAUGUAAACUAAAGCAUCUUCUAUUGAGGUUAUCAUUGCAGAUACUUUAGUAAUUGUUUUCGUAUGUAUUUCGUACAAAUAUGUCCAACGCAUGCAUUCAUUGCACAGUAACAGAUCUAGACCAUAGCUUUAUAAGGAACUAUAUUUGUACUUAGUCCGGAAACCUAAUUUCACAAGCAAGCCCAAUGAUUUUAGAAGAAAAAUGAGGUAGAUAGGUUACAUAAAACAAAUUCGAAGUUUAUUACACCAAAAUUAUUUCAGGCGAGUGAGCUCAGGUUUGCUAAUUAACAUAGUUUUAACAUGCCACUUGCGCGUAUAACCUGUCUACCUCUUUUUUCUUCUAACAUCAUUGAGCAAGCCCAUGUACGGAGUAGCCUAAAUCUAUAAAUUAAUUUAAUAUACCUAUUUGAUAUGAAUAUUAAUGACUAAUAUUCUUUUAUUUCAUUCGAAAGAGAAUUUUGCAGAUAAGGUUACACUUGCGUUUCGGUUUGCGUUGUGCGUUGACCUGAUUUUUGAGCUAGCUCAAACGCAAACACAGGACGCGUUUUGUCGCUAAUCGCUUUUGUUUUUCCUUAAACUUUAUCUAUUAAAGGUGAAUGUUACAAAUUAUUUAAUAUUAAUUUAGCCAAUUUUAGUUUUGUCUUGUAUAUAAUAUUGUAAAAUAGAAUAAGUAGUACAUUUCAAAAUAAAUUUUCUGAGCGUGCACAGCGAUUGCCAGUGCAAGAAACAAUUAUGUUUUUUUUUCUAAUUAUGCUCUGUUCUGGAGGUUAUUUUAUGUUUUCUCGUGGUUUCUGUAUGAUGUGUGCUUUUUAAAAUUAUACAGGUUGUUUUUUGUGUGCGUUUAGUGAGCCGAAAGUUAACUAGACUAGAGAGAAAACUAACUAGCAAAAAUUUUACCUGAGAAACCAAAAUGCAGUUUUUAAAAGAAAUACUUGUGCAUAACAAAAAUACUGAAAUGCAGUUUUCGCCAGGACUCUACUGUAGCAAGGUGCGGGUGGCAGUUCGUUUUACUCUUGUAAGUUUGUCGCGAUUCACGAUAAUAGUUCGUAUUAUUAACGUCAUAAGGCAAUUGUCACUCGCACCGUGCUACAGCGCACAUAGUAUAAUCUAUUUCUUUUAGUUUGUUUUCGCCUCACUAUUCUCUCUCGAAAGUUCUGUAUUAUGCAUCAAUGUAAAUUAUUUAAAUGUCAACAGUAUAUGUAGACUAUAAAAUUGAAACUUAUUUAGAUAUUACUGAUUGAAAACAAAUUGUGCCUAAAUCAAUUUACUAAGUGCUUAAUUACGCUUGCAAUGCCCGAAAUACGAUUGAAUGGGUUUAAAAUAGUAUUUAUAUCAUGAAGGUCAAAUCAAGACUUUUGUAAAGUAGAAAAAAAUUUAAAUUUUAUGAAUUUAAUGAAAAGUGUGGUCGUUGAAAUAUACAGGAAAUAUUGAACUAUUUUUGAUUAUUCAAAUCUAAGAACUAAAUUUCAGUGUAUUCUUUCUAAGAAAUGCAACACUAAUGGGUAAAGAAUACUGCGUCACAAGAUCCGUUUGAUGCGACGCGUCCGAUACGUACGAUGCGGAUAUGUGGACGCAUAUCAUAACAUUAUGAAUGAAAUGAAAGAAAGUUCUAGAACGAAACUAACCCUCAGUUUAAUUAUACCACAUACUCGUUGAGUUUACAUUAUAAAAGUCUAGAUUCGACCGAAAACACCCGUGCCACCGGAGACUUAAGCCUAUGACCUGACCUAUCGAAAUCGCGACCAACACACGAUCAGUUUCGGACGUCAAGCUGUUAGCGCUGCAGGCAUGUGGACUUAUCGGAUGGUGGGUGGCUAUAGCUUGGCAAGUUCGUUGAUGACACUCCCAUGAUAUGCGGGCGACUUGGGGGGAGAGGACUGCGUGGAUGUGAAGUUGAGCGCGCAGGCAUCGCUACCCCCCUCCCGGCCCGCGCGGACCAUCGGGAGUGUUACGAACGAAUUUGCCAAGCUAUGGCAUUAUAUCAAUUAAUUUUAAAAAUAACUGCUUCAAUAGUGCAAUACAUUGAGAUAUCCAUUGAAUGGUGUUUAUUGUGGCAAAUGCUUAAUGUUUUUUUUCUGAUAAAUGAAUUGAAUAUGUCGAUGUUAGGGCUGUAAAUUUAAGUUAAAAUAGUUUUGUUGGAAACAUUUAACGUGCAAACGCACUGUCGGUAAAAAAACGUGUUGUGGUGGGUGGUAGGUAUCUCGUACAGCCAGCAAGACUGUCAAUUGCUGUAUAUAUCCUUAUAUGUAAUAUAGUUUUAUUAUAAAAUAUUUUUAUUAGAGAGAAAUACAAUAAAUGUGUGAAGUCCA